AUGGCGAAGCUUGCAAUCCUAGGAGCAAUCCUUGGAGCACUCUUGGUGAUGUCUCGCGCCGUCACGGCCAACCGCGCCACCAUAACCACGGUCAACGUCGACGAGCCCGAGAACCAGGUGCACCGCGGCGAGAGCUGCUAUGAGCAGGUCCAGAGGCAAGGCCUCGAGCACUGUGAGCAGCUCUUCGAGGACGCGAUGAUGUACGGUGGCCAGGGGCCAGGGCGGCCAAGGCGAGUGCAUGAGCGAGAUGAUGCAGUCGAGGCACUUCAGGCCGUGCUGCCAGCAGCUGAGGCAGAUGGACGACCGUUGCCGGUGCCAGGGGUGAGGCAGGUGGUGAGACAGCAAGUGGGCGAGUUCAGAGGCCAGGGGUCGCAAGGCAUGAUGAGGUGCGCGAGCAACUUGCCCAACAUGUGCGGGUUCGGUCCUCAGUACUGUGAUAUCCGAGCCAUUUCGUACUGA